GUGUAACCAGAGUCCAGCCUGUAAAUGUCAAUGAAAUUACAGAGUGGAUCAUAUUUCCGUAAUUCACAAUGAUUGAUCGCUUUCUCUUUGUUUCUCUCUCUCUCUUUCUCUGACCCACCCAGCUCCCUCUCUCUCUCUCUCUCUUUCUCUCUCUAUCUAUCUCUCUACGCUUUCAUUCUCUGCCAGUGAAGGAAGAUGAGCAGCAGUUCGACUCCUAAGGGGACGCCGGUGCAGAGCAGCCCGGUGGACGGGGAGUGUGUUCUGAUGGAGGAGGUCCUGUCCCCCCAGCAGUCCACCCCCACCAGCGGCUCCAAGAAACGAGUGUCCAGCAUCCUGCAGAGCCCUUCGUUCCGGGAGGAGCUGGAUGUGUUGAUUCAGGAGCAGAUGAAGAAAGGUGGGAGCUCCUCCAGUCUCUGGGCUCUCAGACAGAUCGCUGAUUUUAUGGCCACUUACGGCUCUCCUGCUGCCCUGCCUGUAUCACCAUCCACAGUGACGAUGGUGACGCCGAUAAAUGAUCUGCAUGGAUAUGAGCCCGGCUCUAUGGUGAAGGGCGAGAGACUGAUGCGCUGUAAGCUGGCCAGCGUCCACCGUUUACUGGACCUGUACGGCUGGGCCCAGCUCACCAGCGCUAACCUCACAAUGCGUAUCAGUAAAGAGCAGGAGCAUUUCCUGGUGCUGCCGGACGGUCUUUCCUAUGGGGAGGUCACUGCAUCCAACCUGGUGAAGGUGAAUAUACUGGGAGAAGUGGUGGAGAGAGGCAGCACUACACUGGGAGUCGACCUGCCCACCUUCAGCCUCCACUCAGCCAUCUACUCCGCCCGACCCGACGUCCGCUGCCUACUGCAUCUACACACACCUGCUACUGCUGCUGUCUCAGCUAUGAAGUGUGGUCUGCUCCCGCUGUCCCAUGAGGCUCUGCUGGUGGGGGAGGUGGCGUAUUACGAUUAUAACGGUGUGAUGGAGGAGGAGGAGGACCGGGUGGACCUGCAGAAGAGUCUGGGUCCAACAUGCAAGGUUCUGGUUCUGAGGAAUCAUGGUAUCGUGGCUCUGGGAGAAUCUGUAGAGGAAGCUUUCUACACCAUUUACCACAUUCAAUCAGCCUGCCAGAUCCAGGUAUCAGCGCUGUGCUGUGCUGGAGGAGAGCAGAACCUCAUCCUGCUGGACCGAACCGCACACAGAGCCAACCCCACCGGAACCGUGGGCUGGGCCGGGUCCACGUUCGGCCCCAUGCAUAAGAGCCGACUCGGAGAACAUGAGUUCGAGGCCCUGAUGAGGACCCUCGAUAACCUGGGCUACCGCACCGGCUACGCCUACCGCUUCCCCGUGCUGCUGGAGCGCUCCAGAACCCGCAGAGAGGUGGAGGUACCGGCCACCGUCACCUCCUUCAGCUUCGAGGAGGGGGGUACCCGCACCCACCCCCGCCUCCAACCCCACUCCCAGAAACAGCAGCUGGAGAAAACGCGGUGGCUCAACACCCCCAACACCUACCAGAAGGUCAACCAGGACCAGGCCAGCCCGGGUCACCGCACCACGUGGCAGAGAACCGAUGAAGUAACCCAGAGCAGUGGAACCGCCAUUAAGAUCGAGAACCCAAACCAGUUCGUCCCUCUCUUCACUAACCCUCAGGAAGUGCUGGAAACCAGGAAUAAGAUUCGGGAGCAGAAUCGUCAGGACAUGAAGACAGCAGGACCUCAGUCUCAGUUAUUAGCCGGCGUCAUCACAGAUAACAGCCCACCGUCUCCAGAGAAGGUGGAACCUCCCUCGACUCCUGAACCAGAACCGCCGAACCCGUUUAACGAGCUGACGGAUCAGGCGCUGGAAGAGUAUCGUAAAGAGGUUCAGCGCAAACAAGACGGCCAGGAAGGUGGGGAGGAGGUCCUGAACGAUGCAGGAACUCCCCCUGCUGCCUCCCCCACCAAAGCCCCUCCCUCAGACGGGAAACCCUCGGACGCCGUGCAGAACGGGAAAGAGGAGGACGAGAAGCAGCAGGAGGAGCUGGAGAAAGGAAUGAAGGCUUUAACCACCAAUGACACUUCAGAAAGCGCGCCAUUGGCCCCGCCCAACGCCCCGCCCACCAAGCCUCCGGGCACCACCCCCGAAGGCUCUCCGUCCAAAUCACCGUCCAAGAAGAAGAAGAAGUUCAAAGCUCCCUCGUUCCUGAAGAAGAGCAAGAAGCAGAAGGAGAAGGCGGAGUCCUGAACGGAUCCGGAUACGAUUACGGACACUCCCGCAAUACACACUACAGCUACACACACACACACACACAAUCACGUAAACACACACACACACACACAUCGCUCACAAGGCCGUUACGAACCCUCGGCCGGACGGAGUUGCACUUACACUCAUUCAGACUCACUGUGUCCAUCUGUCUGUCUGUCCAAUCACAACACACCAAGCAUUUUUUAUUAUGGUUUUGUGACACGAAGCUUUGACGAAUUUUUCAUUACGAAAUCCCACAAUCCCUCAAUCCCACAAUCCCUCAAUCCCGACACAGGCCGAAAUGAACUAAAGUUCCACACAUAUAUAUAUAUAUAUAUAUAUAUAUAUAUAUAUAUAUAUUUACACUAAAACACACUUCGGCCCAAAACAUACUUCCACGUGCAACAACGUGAACGCAAACGCUUUAAUUGAGCUACGUUAGUUGUGUUCAGACGUGAAACCUUUGUAACAUAAAACAACGCAACGCAAACAAAGCGCAAGCUGCAUUCUCAGCAUCGCCACAAGGGGUGCUAGACUGACAUGCUUGUGUUUUUCUAAAUGUUUUCUAAAUGUUUUCUAAACAUAUAAAUGUAGACAACUGAUGGUAAUCACAGCAGCCCUGUAACAGAUAAUGGGCGGAAAAUGCUCCCUUUCCUCCUCCAGAACUUUUUUUUGUGAGUAACUGCGUUCAGAAAUGUGUCAUAGCAUAUUUCAUAACGCAAGUGCUAGUAUGUGAACGCAAAAUCACAUGUUUAAAGCUGCAUCGAAUGGGUGACAAAAGUGAUAAAAUUGCAUUUGCGAACAUAUGUUUUGAGUCUUAGCCUUAGACAUAUAGCUCUGUAAAAAACGAAGAGAUCACUUCAGUUUCUGAUUCAGUUUCUCUGAUUUUGCUAUUUAUAGGUUUAUGUUUGAGUAAAAUGAACAUUGUUGUUUUAUUCUAUAAACUACAGACAACAUUUCUCCAAAUUACAAAUAAAAAUAUUCUCAUUUAGAGCAUUUAUUUGCAUUUAUUUUCAGUUUUAAGAGUUCAGAAAUCAAUAUUUAGUGGAAUAAUCCUGGUUUUUGUUUUUUAAUCACAGUUUUACACAGGAAUCUUGGCAUAAUGUUCUUUCUCCUCCACCAGUCUUACACACUGCUUUUGGAUAACUUUAUGCUGCUUUACUCCUGGUGUAAAAAUUCAAGCAGUUCAGUUUGGUGGUUUGAUGGUUUGUGAUCAUCCAUCUUCCUCUUGAUUAUAUUCCAGAGGUUUUCAAUUUGGUAAAAUCAAAGAAACUCAUCAUUUUUAAUUGCUCUCUUAUUUUUUUCCAGAGCUGUAUUUUACGCAAGGAAAAAUUACGCAAAAAUGCACGUUGCAUUUGCGUUUGCAGUAAGUCCGAGUAAUAUUGCAAAAGGAAAAGCAUUGAGCUAUAUCUAAUUGUACGUUCAAUCUAACGUAAUCUUUAGCUGCAUUCUGACUGUUACCACAAGGGGGCGCUACAUUGACAUUAACGUAAUAAUGCACGUUACACGAUGCACGUUCGUACAGCAGGACAGACGUUGGCGUUUGCGUGACGUAUGUUGACGUAUGUUUCGGGCCGUACGCACACUCUCUCUCCCCUCGCUUUGAAAAUGACGAUAUAUUGCACUUAGCACAAGCAUAUAGACGAGAAUGUGGCAUUACGUACGCACUGAUUGUCGAUGUUAGUUCACUAUGAUUGUUCACAGACGGUCGUUCUGCACAAUUAUCGGUAUUUAUGAUUAUAUGAAUGGUACUCGUGUGCUCUCUGCUGACUGAAGGCUGGUUUCCUGUUUCUGUUUCUCCUGAUCUCUCUGAGAUCUUUAAUCUCACGGCUUCGUUUUUUUGUUUUUUAACAGCAGGGAAACAGAAAACGUGAAAACUGGCAUCAACUCUACUGAAUAAGCUACUGAGAAUAAAAAAAAUAAAUUAAAAAGUGAUUCAAGCUCAAUUAUGCAAUUAAUAAAAGAAGAAACAUUCCACUCCUUGUUUUUAUGUUGUACAGUUGACGGGGGACUUCUUUGCAGGUGUAAUUAUUAUUUUUAUGAGCAGUAUCUCUGGUUUUAAAGGCUUUUUGUGUGCAUAUCUGCUGGUUUUCAGUCUGAAUUCAUGUCAUAUUAGAAUGUAAAGUGAUCGAUGCUAGGUUGUACCAUCAUUAAACUUCAUUUAAACCAACAUCA